ACCCCGACCCGAGGAAGCCCGAGGCAAAGAGAGCCUAGCCAACGCAGAGGAUAGGAAGAGAAGCAGCCAGACGCUCCCUCUCCCUCCACUGGCCGCGGCCAUGAGACCCUCCUCCCCCUACCCUCUCCCGCCUCCCCCGACCUGCUCGUCCAGCCUCCCCCAGCUCCGCUGCUUCGUCGGCCUCCGGUGGUCUGCCCCCCGCGUCCAGGUCAGGAGGCAACUAGACGCGGUCGCAGGAGUUGGCAGCGGUGCGCGAUUCAGAGCGCCUGCUUCCAGUGGGUCCCAACCUUGUUAUAGCUCCAUCAUCAUCAGAAACGACAAUUCUCAAAAUGCUGAUUUUCCACGUAACUACUCCAAAAGGGAGAAGAAACCAUUUCCUAUACCAGUACUGGAGUUAAGGCGCCGAGCAAGACAGAGGAUGAAAGAAGCUGAAGGGAAGCCUAAGCGGCCACCGCCACCUCCAAAAAAUGGAAUGCUAGUCCAGAGACUAAUACCAGAGGCAUACAGAGUGUACAACGCAAGAAUUUUGCUCAUCAACAACUUGAAGAGGCUGAUGAAAGUAGUACCAGUGAAAGGCUGCAAAUAUUGCAGUGAGAUACACGUUGGAUCUGUUGGACACCCUUUCAGAACGUGCCGAGGAAUGUCUUCUGAUAAACGUAAGGGAGAACAUGACUGGGGAAGUACUUUUGUUGAAGCUGUUUUCUUGCCAGUUGAAGCUUACCACCUAGAGGACCGUCUAGGCCCGCGCAUCCCUCAUGACCAGAGGUUUGAGGUGCCCCGCAUUCCUGCUCUUGUGGAGCUAUGCAUCCAAGCUGGUCUCGACCUCCCUGAGUACCCCACAAAGCGCCGAAGAAAGCCAAUUGUUAAGAUCGGAAGGAAAGAGUUUGUCGACGCAAAUGAAGAUGACUUGCCUGACCCGGAGCCUGACAAAUUUAAGGAGCCAAUUCUUGAAGAAGUACCUGACGAUGAGAUUAUCCCUCCGUUGAGCCCAGAGGAGACAGCUGCUCUUGCUGAGGAAACACUCGUGGUGUGGGAGACGCUCCGGAACGGUGCAUUAAGGCUUAUGAAGAGGUAUUCAGUGAGGGUUUGCGGAUACUGUCCUGAGGUGCACAUUGGAGCGAGUGGUCAUAAAGCGCGCAACUGUGGAGCCUUCAAGCACCAGCAGAGGAAUGGACAGCAUGGAUGGCAGGCAGCGGUGCUUGAUGACCUAAUACCCCCUAGAUACGUCUGGCACAUGCCGGAAUCUGGGGAGCUGCAGAAAGAGCUCAAGAGCUUCUACGGGCAGGCGCCGGCUGUCGUUGAGCUAUGCAUUCAGGGCGGCGCACAAGUGCCGGAGAAGUACAAAGCCACAAUGAGGCUAGAUAUAGGGAUUCCCUCCAGUUUGAAAGAGGCUGAAAUGGUCGUCUGAAUGAAACUGUGGUGUUUAUGUUGUCUAUGAUUGAGGUCAAGAAAACUGCAAGCUCCAUUCUGGCUGACCAUAGGUUAUUUGUUAUCUUACUCCAUGUAUAUAGCAGGAACUUAGCUUAGUCAGAUAAUCUGGUAAGUUUUGUUUGUUUCAGACGCGAAUCAACAUUUACCAGAUGUUUCUUUAUUCUGAGGAAUGUCAUGGUCAGUACUUACAAGGA